AUUUUAAUAUUUAAAUUAUCACAAAGUUAGUGUCAAUUCCAUCGCCAGUGUGUUAGUCAUUUAGUGUAUUAUUUAUUACUUUAAGUUUCAUACAUAAGAUUUAUAAAAGCAUUCCAAAGUCAUGGCUAAAACUGAGAAGUCAUUUGCAAGAAACUUUACAGGAUGUCUAACAUGCGUGCAAGUGCUGAACAUAAUGGUGCUGCUUGGCUUUAUGCUGAACUACGCGUUGCGCGUCAACUUGACCAUCGCCAUCGUCGAGAUGAUCUACGACGAGGCAGACAACCACACCGCCGUCGCCCACCUCACCAACCUCACCGACCACGUCAAUGUUACUCAGCAUCCGGAGCAUAUAGAGCAGACACGCUACCACUGGGAUACGAAGCAGAAGAACCACCUCCUGGGCUGCUUUUUCUGGGGCUACGUCCUCACAGAGCUCCCGGGCGGCCGUCUCGCCGAAAUCAUCGGUGCCAGGCGAGUGUUUGGAUACAGCACACUGCUCGCCAGCGUCCUCACGCUGCUGUCCCCGGCUGCGGCGGCGGCGGGCUUCGGUUGGAUCGUGGCGCUGCGGGUGGCCCUGGGCUUCCUGCUCGGCGUCACCUGGCCCGCCAUACUACCCAUGGCCUCCAAGUGGAUCCCGCCCAUGGAUAGAUCUAAAUUCAUGUCCAAUAUGAUGGCAUCAUCCCUGGGCGCUGCCAUCACGAUGCCGGUGUGCGGAUUCCUCAUCGCACACUUUGGCUGGGAGUCUGCUUUCUACUUCACCGGUAUAAUCGGCGUCAUGUGGUCGGUGGCGUGGUUCGCUGUGGUAUACGACUCUCCAGCGCAGCAUCCUCGCAUCUCCGACGCUGAGCGCAACUACCUGCUCAAAGCCCUGCCCCAAGAUAACAACACUAAGGGGCACAUGCCCGCCCCGUGGCGCGCCAUGCUGCGCUCGGCGCCGGUGUGGGCCAUCAUCAUCACACACGGCGCCUCCGUGUUCGGGUACUUCACCGUCGUCAACCAGCUGCCCUCCUACAUCGAGAGCAUCUUGCACUUCAACAUUAAACACAACGGUCUGCUGUCGUCUCUGCCGUACCUGGGCAAGUACUUGUGCGCGCUGGCGUCCUCUGUGCUGGCGGACUCGCUGCGCCGCUCCGGCCGCCUCUCCACCACGGCCGCAAGGAAACUCUUCACCGGCUUCGCGGUCGGCCUGCCUGGUGUGAUGAUGAUAGUGCAAGCGUUCCUGGGUCACGACCGCGUGUGGUCCAUCGCCAUCUUCACGCUGGCGCUGACCAUCAACGGCGCGGUGACCGCCGGUUACCUCGGCAACGGGCUCGACAUCGCGCCCAACUUCAGCGGUACCAUCUUCGGCAUGGCCAACACGCUGUCCUCCUUCGGCGGCUGGCUCUCCACAUUCAUGGUCGGGGAACUCACACAUGAAAAUAACACGUACGAGCAAUGGCAGAUAGUGUUCUACAUCCUGGCGGGCACUUAUCUGCUGGGUGCGCUCUGCUUCGUCACCCUGGGCUCUGGGGAACUGCAGCCCUGGAACUCCCCCGCACCCGCCUCCGCCGCUACCAAACAGGAGGAGGAGCUCCUCAACGAGCCUCUCCAGCCCCCUCAGCAACUCCACAACAAGGUGUGAACUUGCUGGUGAACGUUAUACCUCUUGUUGUUCAAACAUUGCUUAGUUAAAUUGACUUUAGUGAACUUAUCACAAUUUUCCGUUAACAAAAUGUUAGGUUCGUUCCUAUUUAUUGUUUUGUAAAUGAAUAUUUGUAGCUUUAUACAUCAUACAUCAGGGUUCUUUCCUCAUGAAAAGAAAGAAGAAGAAAGUUUUAACAUGCAUUCUGACAAUUACACGGCCAUAUUGAAAAAUGUCAAACUGUUUAACAA